AUGGUGGCACCGGGAGGGAACAUUCUUGCCGCUUGGACUGGAGAUUUGGGACCGUUGGGUUUACCUACAGACGACCGGAGAACCAAGUUCAAUAUAUUGUCUGGAACUUCCAUAUCAUGCCCACGUGUUAGUGGCAUUGCAGAAUUGCUCAAGUCUAAGCACCCAGAUUGGAGUCCAGUAGGAAUUAAAUCUGCACUGAUGACAACAGCCUAUACUCAUGACAACACCCAAAAUCCUCUGAUAGAUGCCUCAAAAGCCGGACCUUCCUCACCAUAUGACCAUAGCUUGAUUUAUGACAUUGGAGCACAUGAUUAUUUUAAGUUUCUGUGUACACAAGGUCUGGAACCCUCCCAACUAGUAGUUUUUGAAAAAUUCUCCAACAGAACUUGCCAAAACUCUCUUCGCAAUCCUUGGAUUUAA